AUGAGAAUUUUCCUUCUCUUUCAGACGAAAAAAACAUUCGGCGCCGAAGAAAUCCGCCAAAACGGUCUCAACAGUGAGAAUGUAACGUAAUUAUCUCUAGAAAUGAUUAAACUCUGACGGGAGCAAUAAUCUUACUUGACGGCUAGAUAGAGACCGACUGAACUGGUAACGUAAUCCCGAGGGCAUAUGAGCUACCGCCAUUGAGCCCAUUCCCCUCGCUACUCACAGAAUCCUCUUGGAGUCCCAACGAGACGGAAGUGUGGAAGUGGGUCAGGAAGAUUUAUCUCGGAAAGCUAUCUUUAUACAUAACGGUCCACUACACCUGCGGCUCUGAGAUUUUCAAGUCAUAUACUUCGAAGCUCUGGUGGCUAUUUUCGGAAGUUUCCAUGUUAUCCGCAUGCUAGACUAUUCCGGCGGACCAUUGGAUUAAACCCCCAGGGGGACACCCCGGGUAAGGAUGAGGGUGGUUGGUCUUUUUCUUAUACGCUGUUGGCGGGUUCUCCUAAGCAGGAGCGAAGAAAUGGCGGUAGCCAUUGACAGGCUCUGCUUCUAUUUGAAUCCUAAGGUGCUCGCUCCACUCCCUUCUUCUUCCUCUUGGGUCUCAUUUUUUUCAUCGAUUCCGACUCCUUGUUGUUUUUACUUUGAUGAGACCCCUCAGUCUUCGGGCAGCAGGCCAAUCGCAACUGCGGGUUUUAGGAUGUUUUUGUUAUCUGCUAUCCAUCCCGAAUGGAUCAUGGAUCAAUAUCUGUUCGUGAUAAUGGGUAACAGAAGAUUGAGAUAAUUUCUCCUCUUUUUUAGCAGGUUUUCCGAGUUUUCGCCGUGGUCCUCUUAAGAUUAUGUUUCCACUCGUCAGUUCCCCAUGAAUGUUUGGGUAACGCAGUUGGAUACUCGCUUUGGAACGACUAAGAGAAAAAAACACAGAAUGAGGCUCGUAGCUUGUAGCAAGACGCCACGCCCACGCCCUUCGAUGUGCAUCAUCAUGAGCGUACUACAUUACGUUUACUGAUAAUUCUUAUGCUGCAUUGACCCGUGAAUGGUCGUACGAUCGUUUUCUCAUGUUGGCGGGUAAAGCUUAAAAUUUAGUUCACGUGUACAUAUAAUUUUUUGUCUUCUAGUUCCUGGAAAAAAGAAACCCCCGUUUCAUGACUUAACCGUUAAGAAAAUUAUUUCUGGUUAUCCCGAGUGAUGAACACUUGAUAAGAAAAUUCCUUUAUGUCUACAUUCGGAAACCUUUUGUUGGGCAUAUAGAUGCUUCUUUAAGGAAUUUACUAUUUUCCAUGAGUGGUGGUCGAUUUCGAUCUUUUGACGACUUCUUGACGUGUGUUUGAUCCAGUGGCUUCAUUUUGUUGAGAAGGAAAAUUCCUAUUAUGCUUUACUUUGAUGCAUAUAUUAGUAUUCAAUGUAAGUAUCUGAAUUAUCCUUCCUGUUCAUUUUUUUCUAGACAUUAUGUGGAUUGAGAGUCUCGUGCCAUGCAGGUAAUGAAUUUCAGAAAGAGCACCCAGACUAGUAGUCAUGAACAGAAGUUGCGCUUUCGGGUCAGAAGCGUGUACUCCCAGGGUGUAAGGUUAUCUGUGUUCAGAAGAAAUGAUCCUCUGGAGUUUUCAAAGAGGUGAGAUUAUACACCGAAUCAUGCUAUAAUGAUAAGAAUUAAGAAUCACUGUUUCUAUUUCAUCAUGGAGAAAAUCGAACAGGCUGUUUCAAAUUUCUCACAGCACGUAAAGAAAUGAGUCUGUCACAUGAAUCUGCAAGAUAAGCUGUUAAAGCUUUAUUCAUCAUGGGGUCGCCAGCAUUGAAAUCCUAAAAGGUGCCCAGCAUAGUUUGCUUCUGCUGGCAACCCUGUACUGGGCGGUGCUGCUUAGUCCUACGCCAAUGGAGCUUUCCCCCGUGGGAUUAUAGAUUUCCUGGAGGCUUUAUCUGGGGCAAUCUAAUCUAUAAUUUUUUAAUUAUCGGUUUUACCUUCCUGCAGUUCCUGUACCAGAAUAUCUACUGAACCCGGGUUGCUAUCUCCCGGUAAAUCAUCAUGAUUUUGUUUCGUUAUCCUUCUUUAUCUUCGAUUAUGUCUUUUAUUUUUGUUUCCAGAUCUGCAUGAAGUUGCUUCUUCUUCAUCGUCGUUUGAGGGCUUCACUGUAAUUGCUAGGAUCAGUGCCAAUGGGGAUGUUAAGGUAUAAAAUCCUGGAAAAUAAGCAGCUUUCUCUUAUAAGAUGUGGUUGAUUCCUCUAGAAUGUCUGUAAACCCGAAGAAUUGCUCAUGUAAUCAUGUGAAACAGCUGAAGAUAGAUGUCUCUGGUUCAAAGACCCAAGUCAUCUUCGACGACGUCUUCUCGAGGCUUGUUGCAGCUGCACAGCCCAUUCCAGGCUUCAGAAGACUCAAAGGAGGUCAGUUCUAGCCAUGAGAUCCGUACUGUCCCCAACGGCUCAUUUCUAGCCUUGAGGAUUCAUGCUGCUCUGGGAAUAAGUUUACCCGAGAAUGCUUGCUAACACUUGCUAUCCCCCUAAUUUAGCUCCAUUCUUAGAUUAAUGAUAACCUGAUUUGUUCAAGAAUUGAUAAGCACCCACCCUCUGAUCAGCUGCUGUUAUUAUAACAUGCUCAAUUUUACGAGAUAUCAUAUAGUUCUGUUUACUACCACGUUCUCUGAAAAAAUAUAGAAAAUUUGAUGUAAUUCCUUUUAACCUGUGGCGUGUGUGAUUCAUGUGCCUUCGUUCAUAUUCAUACCAUAGAUAUAUAUAUAUAUAUAUAUAUAUAUAUGUGGAUAGAUAUAUAUGUACUUAUUUAUUUAUUUAAAGUAGGUUUAAGAGGAAAUUUUCUGACUAUUUUCCUUUCCAUCUGCAUAAACUAUGAUGGGCAAAUAUGGAUCCCGCAGGAAAAACGCCAGAUGUAAGUGCUUUUAUUAUCAAAUAAUAUUCCUAUUUUCAUUUUUUUGGUUCCCUUUGUUUGCAUUGUAAACGAAGAAAAAAUAUUUGCAUAAAAAUCUCCUAUUUUUCGUCUGUAUCAAAGUUUUUCCUUCUUGACAGAUUCCCAAAGAUAUCUUGAUGCAUCUCCUUGGGCCCUCCAAAGUCAACAAGCAAUCAAUCCAGAAAAUAAUUAACACCACAGUCGCUGAGUAUGUUGAGAAGGUGAAAUACAUCCACUGGCGUUCACUUAAAUAUUUGUCUUUUUUUCAUCAUUUUGCUUCUCACCCAAGUCAACGCCAUCCAUGCUCUCGCUCCCUAAAUUACAAUAUUUAUUUAUUUAUUAAGAUUUAUUUACUCCUAUAAAUGAAAACUAUUUGCCAUUGCAGGAAGGCCUGAAGGUUACCAGGGAUUUGAAGGUAGACGAGACCUUUGAGGAGCUCGAAGCUGUGUUCAAGCCAGGAGAGGCGUUCGCCUUCAAUGCCACCAUUCGGCUAUUAGAGACGGACAAGAAAAAACCUUGA